AUGAAUGAGUCGUCACUCUUGUCCAUUUUCAGCACAUUUGGUGACAUUAGCGACGUGCAGCUCCCUCGUCAAACGGAUCAAGUAUCGAAACAUCGAGGGUAUGCAUUCAUCACUUAUACGCAAGAAGAAGAUGCUGAAGAUGCCAUGGAUAAUAUGAACUUGAAUGAACUGCAUGGCGCAUGGCUCCAAGAACACAAUACCGCUGCUCAAGACGCCGACCCCCAGGCAGGCUGA